AUGUCAAAAGUUCACUCAUCAAAAGACGGCACUCCACCAGUGAAGGUGAAGAUCAACAACAGAAGCAGGAAAGUUGUCAUAGGCAUUGUUUAUGUUGCUUUGGUCAUUGAUUACAUGUUGACAACUGUCGUUGGUGAGUUUUACUGACACUUAUUUUACGGUAAAUUUAGAGUUUACUGCGAGGUAAAAUACGAUGGGUCUAACAUUCGUUUUUAAGGCUGUUAACAUACAAAAAAUUGUAUUUAUAGUGAGAAACAGUAAGUAAAAGUAGUAUCAGUCGUUCCACUAAAGAAUUACACAACUGCACAGUGCAGUCCCUGGGAAAAUCGCGCCUUUUUUUAUUCCCCUGCAAUGUGCAGAUUCCCCCGCGAUCGCUCGCAGCCCCAAACGACAAUGGAAAGACUGCACAGUGCAAGUUCCCAGUUGUCGCACCGGUCCGCUGUCGCAGAAGUCAAGGAGCUUGCGACAAUCAAAGAAAACUUGUCGCAAACCUUCCAUUGAACACGAUGGUGACUUGCGACAACAGCGACACGCUGUCGCAUCGCUUAUACAUGAUUUUUAACAUAACCGUAUCAAUUAAGCAUAAAAAUAGAAAUGUAUCAGUCUUUCCACUAAAGAAUUACACAAAAUCGCAAACCCCAAUUUGAGGGAAUCGCUGUCGCGCCGAGAAUUGGGGAAUGUCGCGCGACAUACAGCGAGUCGUGCGACAUUCGCUUGCACCCUGCGACAUCAAAAGAAGAAUCGCAAUGUCGCAAGGUGCAAAACCUUGCGACAAGUUGUCGUAUCGCGGCUUAAAGGGCGACGCGACAGCGUGUCGCUGUUAUCGCAACGCUCAAGUCACCAUCGUGUUCAAUGGAAGGUUUGCGACAAGUUUUCUUUGACUGUUGCAAGCCCCUUGAUUUCUGCGACAACGGACCGGUGCGACAACUGCGGGCUUGCACUGUGCAGUCUUUCCAUUAUCGUUUGGGGUUGCAAGCGAUCGCGGGGGAAUCUGCACUGUGCAGGGGAAUAAAAAAGGGCGCGAUUUUCCCGGGGACUGCACUGUGCAGUUGUGUAAUUCUUUAGUGGAACGACUGAUAUUUUACAUUAUAGUAAAUAAUUGUUAUAGUGCCCAUCAUUCCUGACUUUUUGAUUAAACUGUGGACUGCUGAUGGUUCACUUGUUGCUGAAAAUGGUACAGUCGACUAUUCUGAGACCAGUAUGCCAGUCGGUUUUCUGUUUGGCUCAAAGUCAGUAGUUCAAAUCAUAUUCAACUUGAUUGCUGGGCCCUUGACCAACAGGUACAGCUUGUACUAUAUGUUACACAUUGUUUAAAUGUCAUUUGUAGCCAAUAACGAAACUUUAUAAAAAAGUUUUAAAUCAAAUACUAUUUUAGAAUUGGAUACUCAGUGGUGCUAUUUCUGGGUUUCGUGCUCAUCGCAGCAUCUACUAUAACCUUUGCCUUUAGUACAGCUUAUUGGACAUUGAUCUUGGCUAGAUCAGUCCAAGGAAUUGGCUCUGCCUUUACUAAUACUGCUGGUAUGUUACCUAUUCAUUUAGUAAUAGAGCUGGUAUGUUAUCUUUUUAAAAUUUAAAAAGAUUUACAGUACGUAUCACUCAAAAGCUAUGUUUAUAUCUAAUAAAUGUAUUCACUUAUCUUAUCAUAUCUACAGGGCUUGGAAUGGUAGCAAAGAUGUACACAGAAGAGUCAGAACGUGGUAAAGCGAUAGCUACAGUGCUAGGCGGUCUGGCAGUUGGAGCUCUAUUUGGCCCUACUUAUGGUGGUAUCUUAUACGAGUAUGGUGGCAUGAUCUUACCGUUUGGGAUUCUAGCUGUACUAGCUUUAAUCGAUGGUGGUAUUCAAGCUGUAAUAUUAAGACCGAAGGUAGAACGAGAAGAUAUUAAAGGUACCAAAGUUGGUACUCUUCUGAAGGAUCCUUAUAUAGUAAUCACAGCUGGAGCUAUCUUUAUCAGUAACAUGGGUGUAUCAAUCAUGGAACCAACAAUACCACUAUGGAUGAUAGAACAGUGGAACUCGUCUUCAAUACUACAAGGUGUUAUCUUCUUGCCAUUAACUGCUGGCUAUCUUAUCAAUACUCAAAUCUUCGGAGCUUUGGCUCACAAGUUUGGCCGAUGGAGAUGUGCGAUGGCUGGACUGAUUAUGAUAUGUUUAUCCAAUGUUAUGAUACCUUUCAGUCCAAGUGUCUAUAUUCUGGUGUUGCCUAUUACUUUGGCUGGCCUUGGCAUUGGAAUGGUCGAUUCUACCAUGUUUCCUACUCUGGGUACUGUAGUUGAUAAGAGACAUUCUUCAGCAUACGGUAGUGUUUAUGCCAUCGGAGAUUCAGCUGUUUGUGUCGCUUUUGCUGCUGGUCCAUUCAUGGCUGGUCCUAUGGUCAAGUUCUUUGGAUUCAAAUAGUAAGUGGCCCAUAGAAGCAACUACAACAUAAGUGAUUAAAACAAUAAGUUAUAGUAAAAACAAUUAUAUAAACAAAAUUAUGAUAUUAAAUUUCAGCACAAUGUACGUGACAAGUGCUAUCAACCUACUGUAUGCACCAUUGUUAAUAUUCUUGAAAGACUUGGAUACAAUGGAAAGAAGUGUUCCUAAAGUCGAAGAAGUUAACAAAAUUAGUAUAUCAUCGUCUCCCUUAGACGAUAUCAAGUAUACGAAGCAUUAA